AUGAGUGAUAGUGAUAGCGACAGCGACUUUGGCGAUUUUGCCGGGGUACCUGAGGAGGAAUCCCCUGUUCCGGAAAUACUCUCACCGGUAGAGCAGCUGGACCGUGCGCUAGGUCAGCGUGAAGAAAUCCAGUACGUCAAUCAACCACACUCGCUGGACGAGCUUAUCAAGGGCGAGAGGCCGCGUGUAGUCUACGAACAUUUAGUACUACUGGAAACACAGCUGCGGCCUUUCUCCUGGCGCAAUUCUAAGUUACGUUCACUGCUUUUGCAGACAUUACAGAUUGCUGAUGAGCCGGAGCUUCCCAAGGCACACAAGCCAUUGGACAGUUUUCUGUACAGCCAACUAGAGCCCCGUUUAGGAGAAGAGGGCCUUGACUACGCGGCUUUCCUAUCGCGGGUGUGUGGUGACAAGUUCUCAGCAAACAACAAAAGCCCGGUGCAAAAGAUUGAGAGCUUGGAAGCAAAGGACCUGGAGCAGCUUGACACAGAGGCACUUAGGCGCACCCACGAUGAGUUGUUGGAUGCGGUUUUGGCCGUAUGCCAAGAGAUUGGUGGAACCGCUGCUGUACGAAGCGAGCUAGAGGCAGACAAGUCGAUGUACGAAGGACUGGUGACCAAUUUAGUUGGUCACACCCAGCGCCUACGUCGCGACGAGAUCGCAGACUUCAACAAGAAGCAUAGACGUGGAUCCAAAUACGGCAAGUUCAAGUGGGUGCGAUAG